AUGGCUAAAGAGAUCAAGGACAUCAAGGAGUUCGUCGAAUUGGCUAGAAGAGCUGACAUCAAGUCUGCUGUCGUCAAGGUGAACAAGAAGACUAAGGCCAACGGCAAGUCCUUCAAGCAGACCAAGUUCAAGGUCAGAGGUAAGAGAUACCAGUACACCUUGGUUGUGGACGAUGUUUCCAAGGCCAAGAAGUUGCAGCAGUCUUUGCCACCUUCUUUGAAGAUCACCUCUUUGUAA